CCAGUCAUAAUUCAUAACCCCCCUACUUUCUUGAUCGAUAAAAAAAAUCCCAAAUCUCCUCUGUUGCAAAUUCCGCUCGUUUCCCUUCAUGCAUUACACACUAGACUCGAGGCUCGAGCUUUUUGUUAUAACUUAGAAACAAAUUUUUGCAGGCUUGUGUAGAAUCCAGCGAUUGUUCUUGACGGGUUUUUGCGUAAGGGAAAGGAAAUCGACGAGCGUAAUCGAAGCAAAUGGGUAGACCACCCAGUAAUGGAGGCCCUUCCUUCCGCUUUAACCAGGCCGAGAUCGCGGAGAUGGAAGCCAUCUUGCAAGCACACAAAACUGCAAUGCCUGCACGUGAAGUUCUUGUUGCCUUAGCUGAAAAGUUCAGCAAUUCUGAAGAACGCAAGGGAAAGAUUGAAGUUCAAAUGAAACAAGUAUGGAAUUGGUUCCAAAAUAGGCGAUAUGCUAUCAGGGCUAAAGCGGGAAAAUCACCAGGGAAGCUAAAUAUAACACAAAUGACCCGAGAUGAUUCAACCAUGGUUAAAGGUGUACCUCAAGCUACUCAACCACACGCUGCUUCUUCUGUAUCUGUAAGAACUUUGCCUCAAGUACAACAACAUCCAACUGUUCCUUCAGCUGCUGUUAGAACUUUUCCACAAGCACCUCAGAGUCAAAUUGCGUUUUCAGUUCAAAAUGCAGGAAGGAUAGCAGAUAAUUCCCAAAUGGAAUAUGAAGCUAAAUCUGCUAGAGAUGGUGCAUGGUAUGACGUGUCAACUUUUUUAUCACAUAGGUCUCUUGAAACGGGCGAUCCGGAAGUUUUGGUGAGAUUUGCUGGUUUUGGAGCUGAAGAAGAUGAAUGGGUGCAUGUGCGCAAGAAUGUGAGACAAAGAUCUCUUCCAUGUGAAGCAUCUGAAUGUGUAGCAGUUCUCCCUGCUGAUCUCAUACUUUGUUUCCAGGAAGGAAAGGAACAGGCUCUUUACUUUGAUGCCCAUGUCCUAGACGCACAAAGAAGGCGACACGAUGUACGAGGUUGUCGGUGUCGGUUUCUAGUACGAUAUGAUCAUGAUCAGUCUGAGGAAAUUGUGGCUCUUAGGAAGAUUUGCAGAAGGCCAGAAACCGAUUACAGGCUGCAGCAACUUCAUGCUGUAAACGAGUCCCUUUCUGUUAAAAAUGGCACCAAUAAUAUUCAUUCAGUCAGCACAUUGAGAGUCUAUCCUCCAGCUGAAGUACAACCAAAGCAGCUUAAAGUUGAACCACCAGUGGUGGUGGUGCCGGCGGAAGCACCACCAAAGCGCCAAAAAGUAGAGCCAACGCCGGAAACGCCCACUGCUCUGGCGGAUCCACCAGGUGAUGUACUACAAGAUCAGCAAAAAGUACAACCUGAAGUCGCACAAGAUCAGCAUAAAGAAGAACCCGUGUUACCCACCCCAUCAGAGCAACCAUCACUAGAGCCACAAAAACUGGAAACAGUGGAUGAAGUACAACUUGAGUUGCCCAAAGUACAACCUGUCAUACCUGAUGAUCCUUCUGGUGAAGAAACUCAAGUUGCAGGACCUCUCGUGCCACCGUCUGCUGAAACAUCACCACCGUUGGCCGCUAGUGAACCACCACAUGGAGGGGGAUCAGAGGUAGCCCAGCCACAGGAAGAACCAAUGGUUUGUAGCUCUUCAGUUGAAGUACAAGCAGAAUUGCCUCCAGUACACCCUGCAAGUGCGAUUGAGGUACAAGCAGAGUUGCCUCAAGUACAACCUGCAAGUGCACUUGAGGCAGUAGAGACUAAAGUUGCUAAGGUACCACAAGAAUUGCCUCAAGUACAACCUUCAAGUGCAAUCGAGGAGGCAUCACAGACCAAAGAUGAGGUACCACCAGACGUGCCUCAAGUACAACCUUCAAGUGCAGUCGAGGCAGUAGAUAUGAAAGCUGAGGUACCAGAAGAACUGCCUCAAGUACAACCCGAGGCUGUAGAGAUGAAAGCUGAGGUACAAGUGGAGUUGCCUCAAGUACAAAUUGCAAGUGCAAGCGAGACUAAACCUGAGGAGGUACAAGUAGAGUUGCCUCAAGUACAACCUGCAAGUGCAAUCGAGGCUAAAGCUGAGGAGGUACAAGCAGAGUUGCCUCAAUUACUACCUGCAAGUAAACUCGAGGCAGUAGAGAUUAAAGCUGAGGUACCAGCAGAAUUGCAUGAAGUACAAUCCACAACUGCAAGUGCACUUGAGGGAAUAGAGACUAAAGCUGAGGAAGCACCAGCAUUGCCUCAAGUACAACCUUCAAGUACAGUUGAGGCAUUAGAGACCAAAGCUGAAGUACCAUCAGAAUUGCCUCAAGUACAACCCACAACUGCAAGUGCACUUGAGGCAAUGGAGACUAAAGCUGAGGAAGCAUCAGAAUUGCCUCAAGUACAACCUGCAAUGGAGACUAAAGAUGAGGUACCAGCCGAAUCGCAUGAAGUACAACCUGCUACUGCAGUCAAGGCAAUGGAGACUGAAGCUGAGGUACAAGCAGGAUUGCCUCAAGUACAACCUGAAACUGUAGUUGAGGCAAUGGAGACUGAAGAUGAGGUACCAACAGAAUUGCCUCAAGUACAACCCACAAGUGUACCCAUGGAGACUGAACCUGUGGUGCCUGUUUGUAUUAAUGAUUCAAACGUGGUUGAGGAGGCAGUGGAGAUGGAAGAUGAAAUUGAGCAGACAAAGCCAAAAGACACUAAUGAUGGAAAUGAUAAUAAGGUGACAGGUGAUAUGGAAGAAGUAUAAUUUAGAUGUUAGAUGGAUAGACUUAUAUUCUGUAGAUGUCAUAAGUCAGGCUCAAGGACUUUAUGUUUUUCUUUUGCUGGCUUGUUCCAUAAUCCAUUUAUGGGUGAUUUCUUUUUGUUUACUUUCCUUCUUAAGUAGAGAAUUUGGCUCUCAGCAAUUAUAGUCAUAGUGUGUGAAUUUUAAGUUUACUGUAGAUUGACACUGGGUUUUAUGACCAUGUUUGUUGUGUA